AUGGCCGCCUCCACGGCUGCGCCAGCGUCGUCGUCGCCGACGCCAACGGCGGCCGAAGACCAGCAGCAGGCCAGCAGGGAAGGGCGCGAGAAGAGUUCGGCGAGCAGCGGCGCCGGCACCCAAAUGCAGUCCACCACCCGGGCAUCAGGGGGAUACCUCAGCGACCUGUGGUCCUGGAACGGAGUGCUGAAGAUAUUCAUCUUCUUCAUUGCCUACCUCCUCUACGCGGUGGCAUUGGAGUGGGUCGAGGAGAGACUGCUCAGCGGAGUAUCGGAGGACUUUGAGGCCAUCCAGCGGCAGCUCCGCGCGUUCGGCGUCGUCUCGCAGCUGAUGGCCGUCGCCCUCUCCGGCGUGUUCCUGUUCUUCGGCUGGAUGGCCUUCCGGCACGAGCUCUCUCUGCCGCUCUUUGUCGCCCCGCUCGGCCACAAAUGCCUCACCGUCGCUUCGUAUUUGCCGAAGGAGCUGUACCUGUUCCUGUUUCUCACGGGGCAGGUGGGCAAGCGGCUGGCACUGGCCUGCAAGGCCGGCGUCGAGUGGGUGACCCGGGUCCGGCGGAUACUCGCCGCCCAGCGCCACCUCCAGGGCAAGUCGUGGGCGCGCGUGGCCAGAGACGCCGCCACCCUCCGCUUCGCCGAAUACAUCUUCCUGCUCCUCUUCCUCGUCGAUUCUCUCGGGAGCAAGAGCGAGGGCGAUAACCACGCGUGCGCCGAGGUGGCGGCCUUCCUGCUGGCGUGCGAGUUCGUGGCUCUCCUGCUCAACCUCGCCGUCACCUUCCCGAACGACUACUGCUCCAAAGAUGGAGAUUUCAUGGCCCCUACGCACAACAAAUGA